AAUUUAAAGAUGCAUAUUGAAUUGAAUUGAAUAUCCUGAGUUCUUAACAGACAGUGUCAAGUGUAAGCAGACAAAGGAAAGUUUUGAUUUUGACAUCUUCAGCUUCUCCAAAACCCAAUCUUUCAAUCAAGAACACAACUUUUUCCUUCUGGGAUCUCUCGGUAUUCUUCAAAAACAUUACCAAUUAAUUGACUUUUUCAAAAAAGAGUUUCAAACCCUUCAAGGAAGUUUAUUUUCUUGAAAUCAAACCCUUCAAAGAAGUUUAAUUUCUGUUCAAAUUGUUGCCUCCAAUGAGGUAAAUGUAAGUAUAUAUAGAUCUGCUAUGGGGGUUUGGUUCUGUAUUAUCGAAUUUUUUGUAUUUUAGUUAAGUUUUAAGGAUGAGUAGUCAAACUGGGGAAUCAUCAUCACAUAGUCCAACCCCCAGAGAAUUGGUUUGCCAUGCUGGUGCUGGUGCUGCUGCAGGUGCAAUUGCUGCUACUUUUGUUUGCCCCUUGGAUGUGAUCAAGACAAGGUUACAAGUUCAUGGCUUGCCUACAGCUUCCAAUUCGAGUCAUCCAGGAAGCAUCAUUGUAACAAGUUUUCGGAAUAUAAUUAAGACCGACGGUUUUAAGGGAUUGUAUCGUGGGCUCUCUCCAACAAUAAUUGCACUACUUCCAAACUGGGCGGUGUAUUUCACAGUUUAUGAACAACUCAAAGGCCUACUUCUCUCACAUGGGGAUGGCUCUAAUGAACUUUCAGUUGGCGCAAACAUGGUAGCGGCUGCAAGUGCUGGUGCUGCAACAGCCAUUGCUACCAAUCCUCUGUGGGUUGUGAAAACCAGGCUCCAAACGCAGGGAAUGAGAGCAGAUGUCGUUCCCUACAAAAGUGUAGGUUCAGCUUUAAGAAGGAUUGUACGUGAGGAAGGCAUACGAGGCUUGUACAGUGGCAUUCUGCCUUCUUUGGCUGGGGUAACUCAUGUUGCAAUCCAGUUUCCUGCAUAUGAAAAGAUUAAAUGUUGCAUAGCUAAAAAGAAAAAUACGACAGUUGAUCAUCUAAAUACUGGCGAUGUUGCAAUUGCUUCUUCAACAGCCAAAGUGGUUGCUUCUAUAUCGACUUAUCCACAUGAGGUUGUGCGAUCACGGCUUCAAGAGCAAGGGCAAGUCAGAAAUUCGGCGGUUCAUUAUUCCGGUGUUAUUGAUUGCAUCAAGAAAGUGUUUCAAAAAGAAGGUAUUCCUGGAUUUUACCGUGGUUGCGCAACUAACCUAAUGAGAACAACUCCGUCUGCGGUUAUUACAUUUACCAGUUACGAGAUGAUAAAUAGAUUUUUGGAUCGGGUUUUGCCACCGGACAAGAAGCAUUCGCGGGAGCAUCCUGAAUCCGCUGGCCGUUCCCAACCUCCCUUAGAAACGCAAACAAAUAAGAGAACUCCCGCAGUUCCGCUAGGAAACAAGGAGCAGCUAACUGCAGCACACUGAUUCACUAUUGUUUCAUCCUAAAUGAGAUGGAUAAUCACAAGUGAAGGUGAAUAAAAAUGAAAAUUUUGUUUUUCAAUUUGUUAAUUCUCGCUCGGAAAGGUCGGUCCAAAGUAGUAUUCUUUGGUGCAUAAAAAUGCAAUUCUUUGCUUGAUCACAUGCCUUUUUGUGGUGGUGUAUUAGUGUAUUAUGAUCAUUGUUGUCAUUGAGUUCAUCCUCCUGUCCUGUUUCUUUCA